AUGAAGCCACCGGCGCUUCGGCCAUGGCUUCCCACUGCAGCUCUACGACGACGUCUAUGCUUCCACAGGUCAUACGCAAUACAGGUCCCCGGGGGUCCAACUCUCCAGGUCUUCAACGAGAAUGUGAAGUACCUCCAGAAAGAACGGGCUGCCUCAAAUGCAGAAUACAGCCGCAAGGUCGACUAUUUGAAAGAUGAGGUAGCCCAGAGACUUGUUGACCGACUCCUCGACAUCAAUCGCGAGUUCCCCCAUGUACUCGACCUGGGCGCCAAUAGCUGCAACAUAGCACGAGCACUCUCUAAGCCGCCAUUGAGCGCGCAAGAGUUGCCAGAAGGAGCAGCAGACUCCAAGAUCCCUCUCUCAGAACGGAUACAUCGCCUCACCUGUGCAGAUACUUCUCCGACGACUCUCCACCGCGACGAUUCGCUGCCUGCGCCCACAGUUCCGAUCACACAAGAGGUCCUCCCUUCUCUUGAGACGCUGCCUUUUGAGGCGAACACUUUCGAUGCUGUUCUCUCUUCUCUAACUCUCCAUUGGAUCAACGACCUCCCAUCCGUCCUGUCAAGCAUAAACAACAUCCUUAAACCUGACGCCCCCUUCCUCGCGGCCAUGUUCGGCGGAGACACACUUUUUGAAUUACGCUCAUCUCUGCAACUGGCUGAUCUUGAGCGCCGUGGUGGCGUUUCUCCGCACAUAUCACCGUUGGCGGACGUCAGAGACGUGGGGAAUCUGCUCGGCCGAGCUGGAUUCAGGCUUUUGACCGUCGACGUUGACGACAUAAUAGUCGAAUACCCCGACACGUUUGCAUUAAUGACGGAUAUUCAAGCCAUGGGCGAAGGAAACGCCAUUCUCAAGUCCAUGGGUGGCCCCAUGAGUCGAGAUGUGUUGUUGGCCAACGAGGCCAUAUACAGGGAAUUGCAUUGUAAAGAGGAUGAAAAGGAUAGAAUACCGGCCACUUUUAGAGUGAUUUACAUGAUUGGGUGGAAGGCUGGUAAGGGGCAGCCACAACCUUUAGAACGAGGAAGUGGGAAUGUUAACAUGAAGGAUAUACUCGGCGGAGGAGAAUUCAUGUAG